GGAACAACUGAUUUUAUAAGAAUAUUUCCAAUAAACACUAACAGAAUUAGAUAAUUUUGAAAUUCUGAUAUUCUGUUCAUGUCUUUCCCAGCCUCUAUAUACACAAGAUUCUUGCAAGCAAAUUAGUAUCCAUUUAGAAGCUGAAAAAAAGGCUUUUUGCAGAUAUUUAGCCUAAACUCUCCCAACCUCUGUUAGACAUAGCCCAUCUAACAGUCUGUGGAUUUUGUUCACAAAUGAGCAAGUAAAUAUAUGCACACAUUUUCAUGUGGUAGUCUACAAAACUUUUGAUCAUCCAUAGCUAGAACACCAAAACAAUUUAAACAGAAGCAGCUUAACCCAUUUACAAAACCACAAAAAUGAUAGAGUUUAGUUGUAAGAUCAUAUUUCUAAGGAACUACUUUGUAUUCACUAUUCUUGCAUUCAUAAAAUUUUAGGUUACGCUUUGUUUUUCAGUUCUAAGUCAUGUAGAGAGGGCAGUGAAGCUGUGGUGAAGUACAGACAGGGCAAGUUAACCAUGAAAAAACAUGAAAUGAGCUCUCUGUAUAUGGGUUUGCAUAAUAAAAGUUCCAGAUUUUAUUACCCUUAUUUUGUUCUCUCCAUGCAAGCGUAUUCCUUAUAGCCAUUACCUGCACAUCAUCAGCAUUUAUUGGUCAUUUUGAACCCCAGCAAGAACUUCAAAACAAAUACAGCUUUAAUAAUCUGCUCUCAAGAUACACCACUUAAGAGCUGUAGCCUUCUCAGCAGUUUUGUGGGUUUUCUGUCACAUAAAGAUGGAGAGGCUGAGCUGUUGCAUUGCCUUGUCAUUACCCAUUCUGUCUGCAGCUAUGCUGACUUCUGUUAUAAAAACACAGACUGCCUUUAGCAUUCUUACCAGAAUAAAUUCCACUAGUGGUAAUUCAUUUUAAAUGUUCCCACCUCCAAAAUUCAUCUCUGACCCAAGAUUCUCACAAGGGAAUGAGAUCUCUUUUCCUAAUACCUUUGAAGCCCUUUCUAGCCAAACCAGUUCAUGUGAGUGUAAAGCCAUAGAUUUUCUCCUUUUGGCCUGAUAGGUCAGAUAAUGAAGAGUUGGAAGCCGAAUCCAAAUUGAAAUCCAUAUGUGAUGUCAUACUGACAUAUUUCUGUAGUCCUUGGGCUCUUAAAAGUCCUUUUACAGACAUUUACUCAUUUAUUGCCUCCCCAUGACUUUGUUUGCAUUUCCCACUAGUGAUCAAUACUUCAUUGCGUGCUCUUUUAUGAUGAAGGCCAUGGAGGAUCAAGUAGUCCAAGAAGAACCAGGAUACCAGGACGAUGAGGAAUCCUUUUUUCAGGAUAUUGACCUGCUGCAGAAGCACGGAAUUAACGUAGCAGACAUAAAAAAGCUGAAGGCAGUUGGGAUUUGUACAAUCAAAGGAAUCCAGAUGACCACAAAACGGGCACUGUGCAAUGUGAAGGGGCUCUCAGAGGCCAAAGUGGACAAGAUUAAAGAAGCUGCAAACAAGCUUGUUGAACCAGGCUUCCUCACUGCCUUUGAGUACAGUGAAAAACGGAAGAUGGUAUUUCAUAUUUCCACUGGCAGCCAGGAAUUUGACAAACUUCUGGGUGGUGGGAUUGAAAGCAUGGCAAUCACUGAGGCCUUUGGAGAGUUCCGGACAGGCAAAACCCAGCUAUCUCACACUCUUUGUGUGACAGCUCAGCUCCCAGGACCAAAUGGCUACACAGGUGGAAAGAUUAUCUUCAUUGAUACUGAAAACACUUUCCGACCAGACCGCCUGCGUGACAUUGCUGAUCGCUUCAACGUUGACCACGAGGCAGUACUUGACAAUGUGCUGUAUGCACGUGCAUAUACCAGUGAACAUCAGAUGGAAUUGCUUGACUAUGUAGCAGCCAAGUUCCAUGAGGAAGCUGGUAUCUUCAAGUUAUUGAUCAUUGACUCCAUAAUGGCACUUUUCCGUGUGGAUUUCAGUGGUCGCGGAGAGUUGGCUGAACGACAACAGAAGCUAGCUCAGAUGUUGUCAAGGCUCCAGAAAAUAUCAGAAGAAUAUAAUGUGGCUGUAUUUGUGACCAACCAGAUGACUGCUGACCCAGGAGCAACUAUGACCUUUCAAGCAGACCCAAAAAAGCCCAUCGGGGGCCACAUCCUUGCUCAUGCUUCUACUACCAGGAUCAGUUUGAGGAAAGGGAGAGGGGAGCUGCGUAUUGCAAAGAUCUAUGACAGCCCUGAGAUGCCUGAAAACGAAGCCACAUUUGCAAUAACCGCUGGAGGGAUUGGGGAUGCCAAAGAAUAGGCUGUUAUUUUUAUCCAAGGGUCUGAAAGUAAAGGGGACUCGCUUUGCCUUCUGCCGGUGUACCCAGUUUUUGAUAACCCGACAGCCCAGAAAGCACGGCUGAUAGCGAUAAGGCGCUGUGGGCCGCGGCUGCUGUGGCUGGUGCGACCCCACCAUCCACGGGACACGGCUCCUUGUGCCAGGACACGCUGACUCAGCGAUAGCACGCACAGCACAAAAGGAUUUAUGGUCUGUGCCACGUAAUCGCCUCGUGGAUUAUUGUGUCUUUCAGCGAGGAGUCUCUGGCUCAUCUGGGGAAUUCUCUCCCGGCCUGCGGGCGCUCAGGCAACAGCAAACAUCAUGGCCGCUGUCACUCUGCUCCUGCCCCAGCGCCGCGCCAAAUUUCCCCCGUAAUCUGACAGGGAAUAACGUCGGCCCGCCGGAGCCGCCACAGAGGUCCAAAGGGCCGCUCCCACCCUGUCCCCAGUGUCCCCUUAUUGUUCCGCCAUUGUCCCAUCAUGGUGUCCUCAACUCCGCCGCCACCUCAGCGGAGCCCGUGGGCGACGGACCCUAUUCUUCAAACUCUCUGCGAAACCGACGUAACCCUCCGGCCCGGCCUGCACGGUCCGCGUAAGAAUGUUACGCCAAACGCACCGGGCUCUUCCCGCCUUUCGCCAGCCUGAAUUACGCACCUUGCGUACGCCGUGCACUUACGUAACGUGCGCCUUGGCCCAGGUGUUCCCUGCCCUGCAGAACGGGUUACGGAGCGUGCUUCUUGCGCAGCUGACUUUGGGGAAUAGCUUUACGCCUCCCCUCCGCCUUCUUCACGCGGGCCCUCGGCUCUAAGUAAAGAACGUUACGCACCUUUCGU